AUGGACCAAAGCGACAAGAAUCCUAAUUGGCGGCUCGGUGUGAUUCCCUAGUGGUCGGAGCUUUGUCCGGACUUGUUACGAAGUAUUUUCGAAGAAUUGAGUUUAACAAAUCUCAAUCGAGCAAAAUUAGUGUGUAGAUCAUGGAACUCUGCUUCGAGAGGCUGCGUCCCCAAACGAAAUCAGAUUCCGUGGCUGAUACUUUUCCCUCAAAAGAACGAAAACAAUAGUAGCAAUCACUAUGUAUUAUUCGUUCCUGAUGAUAAAGACAAAGUUUACAAGACUCGAGAUCUCGGUGUUGACUUUGCGCAGAGUUGUUGCCUUGCGACUCACGGUAGCUGGCUCUUGAUGUAUGACCAUCUUCAGAAUCUUUACAUUCUUAAUCCAUUGACGUUAGAGAGGGUUGAUCUACCACAUUCAGCCUCUAUCUUUCCUAAUAAGCUCAAUCCAAAUUUUAGAUGCAACCGAUCAGCUUGUCUCUGGAUAGACGACAUAGCCAAAGAUUACCUAGUUGUUUGGCUCAUCGAUUACAAAAGUUAUUUUGCAAAGAAAGGUGAUGAUACAUGGCUUCCCGCUGGUCUGUUUUGGAAUGAUCGAAUUAUCUAUAAUCACAAAGAUCACAAGGUCUUUCAGUAUUCUUCCUCUUAUGUCUGUGUUUGGGAUUUCGCUAGUGAUAUCCCUCAUGUAGAUAAGCAUCAUUUACCUGUUAGAUCCACUGAUCAUCAGAUUGGUGACGAUAACAGAUUCAAUCUAGUAAGUCAUCAGAUUGUAACAUCAUUGUCUGGAGAAGUUGUGCUGGUAAAAAUAAUGCACCACUACAACCUCCCAGUAUGGCGUUUUCGCGUCUACGAGUUAAAUCUUUUGACGGAGACAUUGAUUAAAAUUGAUUCUUUAGGUGAUGCGGCUAUAAUCUUGGACAUGAGUAUCACUGUUGUCGCCAAAUAUAUCCCAGGGAUAAAGAAAAACUCCAUUUAUUUCAGUGGCCUCGACCACCCCACAACGGAUCCCAAACUUAAAUUUGUCUAUGAUCUCACCACCCACACCAUGGAACCUUUGCCACAAUGCGUCUUCUCCUCCAUGCUCUUCUCUGAUUCUCGAUGGUUCUUACCUGGUUUCAAAGGUUAAUUCGACAUGUUUCUGCUUCGUGUUC